ACUACUGCGUCUCACACUUAGUCUCCAGGAGUAAUUGAAAAGCUCACGGUGACAAUUGUGUCUUCUUCCAGAUGCCAUCGCUAUAAGGAGUGGGGCUUUCAUCACCUCCUUGACGUAGGAUGUGUACAUGGCUCUCCAGGUCAGAGUUGCUCCAAGCAAGGUUGUUUUGCAGAAGUUUCUUCUAUGUGUCAUUCUUUUCUACACUGUGUACUAUGUGUCCCUGAGCAUGGGCUGCGUGAUGUUUGAGGUGCAUGAGUUGAAUGUCCUGGCACCAUUUGAUUUCAAAACAAAUCCCUCAUGGCUCAACAUAAACUAUAAAGUUCUUUUAGUUUCAACAGAGGUCACCUACUUUGUUUGUGGAUUGCUUUUUGUUCCAGUUGUGGAAGAAUGGGUUUGGGAUUAUGCUAUUUCAGUCACUAUUCUUCAUGUUGCCAUCACUUCAACUGUUAUGUUGGAAUUCCCCUUGACAUCACAUUGGUGGGCUGCUUUAGGUAUAUCGAAAUUGCUUGUUUAGAUUCUCUAAUGCACAGAAAUAAUGUUAAAUAGAAUAACUGUGGAAAUAUAUUUUAUUUUCUCAUAGAUUUUAUAA